UUGCUUCUUCUACACAUCGGGCGGAGAAAGAAAUCGAGGCAACAAUAGACACGUCAAUAUACCAGAGACCGGUUCAGCAGGGAGUUGUUUCAAAGUUGUCGAGUGUCUUGUGGCUAUCUAGCAACGUGCAGAGAUCAAAAGUUUCAGGAAAGCUGUUCUACACAACCCCAUGGCAUCCACAAAGACUAAUGAAAAAGCUCAAAAGGAAGACGACGACUUUGACGUCGACGAUCUCCUGACUCAACUUUCUGCGGAGGAGUUGGAAAUGCUCUCCAAAGAAGUCGAUCCCGAUGAUAAGUUUGUUCCUCCUGCUGAGCGCACUAAUUACCACUGCGAACGAAAAGACACCGGUAAAAUGGACAAGAAACAUCUUAACGACCACAUUAGCAAAAUUGCACUGGAAACGCCCGAUCAACCCGAAAAUGUGCCGUUUAGCGGUAAAAAGUAAAACUAUCGUCGCUACACGGUGCCAGAGAAGCCGCCGCUAAAGAAAAUGAUGUCGUUCGACCCAACAACAUCGCCAACGUAUAUCUUGUGUAGUCUUCCACAUCCCACUUCCUUCCAUCAAAUGGUUAUUCUUUUUUUUUCAAAUUUAGUUAAAUAUCGUCAUACAAAAAUUUGAUAUGCUGAAAACUUCAAAAUUAGCAAUCUUUAAUAAAUGUCCUUUUGUCAGAUU